AUGUCGUGUGGUUUCCGCGUCCUCCCCCCCCGGCCGCGUAGCACCGGGUUUCUCGCCCUUUGUGUCCAGCCGAGCUGGUCCCGUGUGAGCAAUCAAGUGAAUGUGAAAGCAGCAACAGACUUGGAAAAAAACAAAGAGAAAAUAGAAAACACUGUACCGCUGAAGGAAUCCCUGAUAAUCAACUUUGAAAGUAAAGGAAGUUUGAAAAAUGCUGAAGUGACUUCAAGUACAGGAAUGACUCUUCCCACAGGUGUUUCAACCUUUCUCCUAGAGUGUUUAGAUGUAGAUUCAACUGCAGAUUAUAACACAGGUGAUAGUGACAGCCUGAACAGUUGCCCAUCCCCUGAAACAUUCAGAGAUGAUCGUUCAGCUACCUGUGUCCUCACUAACUUUGAAACUGGUGCAUUAAGUCAGAAAGAGACCAUCAAAUUGCAGUUACAGUUCUUCAGUAUUAAGUGUUUCAACUACUCUGGCAGGACCGGAAAGAAAGGUGAAAGAUCCUUAAUAAAUCAGCCAGGUUGUAACAUAGAUGACUUGCUCCUUCCUCGUCCUGACAAUCAAACUGCUAAACCCGAAAGGCUGAAGUGUAAGAAAAAAGAAAAAAAUUCUAGUACAUUAGAAGGUGGUACAUCGUCAUUUGGUCAGCUUGGCGCCCCAGGAAACACCUCAGCCAAAUCGGUGGGGUUGACAGCAGCAGUAGUGCCGUCCAAAUGGACAGAUGCUGUGGUGCAAAUGAGUUCCACCAUGCUGAUCGUGGAGGAAAAUAAAGCCCUAAAAAAUCUUGGUUUUGCUCAGCCUGCAGAGCUAGAUCCUCUGUGUGGCAGACAAGAAAUCUGCUCCAUUGUCAGAACUUCACCGUGCCGGAGGCCUUCCAGGCUUCACCAAAUUCCAGUUAACACAAAAGCGUUCUGCAUUCCCGAGGGAGUGCCUGAAGAUACUAUUACGAGUACCAAAAACUGGAUCUACUGUAAACACAGAUGAGAUUUCUGG